AUAUGUUUGGACUUUGACCUCUGUUUUACCACUCACAUGCAUUAGUAAGCAAACUUCUUUUUUAACGCGUCUUUUUAAAGAGAUGACUGAGCCAGCUAACAAGCGCGCCUGUGAGGAGCCCACCUCCAAGAUGAUAGAGUACCCUGGUGAAGAUCCAGCAGUGAGACGGUUUAGAGAGUUCCUGAGUGUGUGGACAGUGUCUCUGACCUCACUGGAGUCUCCUGGACCACAGCCAGACUAUGAUGGUGCUGUCAGGUUCCUAGAGAGAGAGGCCAAAGAUAUCGGCCUCCCGUUCAAGUGUUUUGAGUUGGCUCCCAAUCGUCCUGUGGUGAUCAUUUCUUGGGAAGGUAGUGAGCCAAGUCUUCCAUCGAUCAUGCUUAACUGUCACACGGAUGUGGUCCCCGUGUACCAGGACAAGUGGGAGUGCGAUGCGUUCGCUGGAUACAAGAGAGAGAACGGUGAUAUUGUCGCUAGAGGAUCACAGGACAUGAAAUGUGUUGGUUGCUGGUAUUUAGAGGCUGUCAGAAACUUACGAGCUGCUGGAAAAUCCUUUAAGAGAAGCAUUCACAUGACCUUUGUACCUGAUGAGGAGGUGGGCAGUGUCCAUGGCAUGAAAGCGCUGGUUAAGAGGGAAGACUUUAAGCAGCUUAACGUUGGAUUUUGCUUGGACGAGGGAUUGGCCAGUCCUAGUGAUGUAUUCACUGUAUUCUAUGCUGAGCGAUCAGGAUGGUGGUUCACCAUCCAUUGCCCUGGCAACCCUGGCCAUGGCUCUCGAUUCAUUGAGAACACAGCUGUUGAGAAAGUGAGGAAGAUUCUAAAUAAAGCACUCGACUACAGAGAUGCACAAGAAGGAAAACUCAAGGCUGAUCCGGCUAUGAAGCUGGGCGAUGUGACUAGCCUGAACGUGACCAUGUUGGGAGGUGGUAUACAAUGGAACGUGGUACCAGACGCCAUGUCACUAGGUCUGGACAUACGAGUCACACUCUCUGACAGUCACCAGGAGGUCAUGGAGAUGGUUGAAGGCUGGGUGAGAGAAGCUGGGGAAGAUUGCACCAUCGACUUCUUUACCAAGAAUGUCAAGUCCCCCGUGGUGUGCACUGAUGAUACUGACCCGUGGUGGAGCGCCUUCUCUGGGGCAUGCCACAAACAUGAUAUGAAGUUGGAGAAAGAGAUAUUUCCAGCAGCUACUGACAGUCGAGUGAUACGACCGCUUGGUAUUCCAGCACUGGGGUUCUCUGCCAUUAACCACACCCCCAUCCUCCUGCACGAUCAUAACGAGUUUCUUAACGAGAGGGUCUUCCUCAGAGGGAUCAGUAUCUACGAGGACCUCAUCUCCAACCUUGCCUCAGUGGAUGAACAAUAACUUCAUGUGUCCCUAUAAUUGCAUUGUUUGUAUAAUUAUAUUUUGUAUUAUACAUUAUUGUCGUAACUUGUCGAUUUAUGGUUCAUGG